AUGGUCUCACUUGAGUUCCUAGACUUAUCCUCAAACAAUCUAUCUAGCACAAUUCCUUCAUCAUUGGGUGCUUUGACAUCUUUAAAUGUCCUUUCUUUGUACCAAAAUCAGCUCUCUGGUCCCAUUCCUUCAUCACUAGGAAAUCUGAGCAACCUACAAUCUCUGUACGUAGCUGAGAACAAUUUAUCUGGUCCCAUUCCUAAUGAACUUGGGAAUUUGAAAUCUCUCACUUUUCUGGUGAUGGCCAUGAAUCAACUUAGUGGUUACAUUCCUGCAUCACUAGCAAACCUGAGCAACCUAUAUCGUCUGAACCUGGCUCAUAAUAAGUUAUCUGGUCCAUUUCCUAUUGAUCUUGGGAAAUUGAAGUCUCUCACUAGGCUUCUGGUAAGCAACAAUACACUUAGUGGUUCUAUUCCUUCAUCAAUUGCAAAUCUGAGCAACCUACAAUUUCUGUUCCUCGAUCAGAAUAAAUUAUCUGGUCCAAUUCCCACUGAACUUGGGAAGUUGAAGGCUCUCACUAAUUUUCAAGUGAGUGAAAAUCUACUUAGUGGUUCUAUUCCUUCCUCGUUAGAAAACCUCAGUGACCUACAGUGUAUGUUCCUAGAAAAGAAUAAUUUUUCUGGUCUCAUUCCUAUUGAACUUGGGAAUUUGAAGUCUCUCACUGAACUUGCACUAAGCAACAAUCAACUUAGUGGUUCUAUUCCUUUGUCACUAGCAAACAUGAGCAACCUACAAUCUUUGUACCUUGAUGGGAACAAUUUAUCUGGUCCCAUUCCAAUUGAAGUAGGGAAUUUCAAGUCUCUCAAUGAUCUUGAUGUGAGCAACAACAAACUUAGUGAUAGCAUACCACCAGAGUUUGCAAAUUCAACUCAACUACAAAGGCUUGAUCUUUCUUUCAAUAACUUGGUAGGUGAAAUCCCUAAAGAAUUUGGGAAGAUGAAAAGCAUGCUGAAUUUGUACUUGUCUAAUAACCAACUUUCAGGCACCAUACAUCUGGAGCUUGGAUCAUUCCAAAAACUCCUUUUAAUCAAUCUAUCCGCAAAUAGAUUGAAUGGGUCGAUACCGGUAAGUAUUGGUCAAUGGGCACAAAUCCAUUACGUACCUGAAUCUUAG